AUGUCAUUCACCCUCACUGUCCGCCAGGGCCCUGCGCGUCUUGCGCAGAGGCUUCCUGAGCUAUCAAAGACUGCUUUCCGCAACUCCGCAUCAGCCCGAAGCUUCCACGUCCAGGCCAAGCCCACAGCCAACUUCUUCACCUCACGCAUCACAUCAACCGCCACCCGCAAUGCCUUCCAGCGAACGAGUCGCGCCGGCGGCCGUUCUUACCACCAGGCCCCCCCUACUGGUGUCGCAACAGCGCCUCAAUCAAUCAGCCGACGACUCUUGGUCGGAGGUGCCAUCUUUGGUGGUACCCUUGUCGCCAUCAACGCUGUCUUCAACCGGGAGACCCGUGAGGAUGGUGGCAUGCCCGUUUACGAGCGCGAAUACCUGAACAACACCUUCUUGCACACUGGUCUCGGAAUUGGUAUCAUUGGAUUGACGGCUCGACAAAUGGUUCAGACUGGCUUCGUGUACCGAAUUAUGGUUACCAACCCUUGGGUUGUUGGUAUUGGUGGUCUUGCUCUCAGCUUUGCUACCAUGAUUGGAACCCGAUCUAUCAGCCCUGACAACUAUAUCCCUAAGUACGCUAUGUGGACUGCCUUCAACGCCACCCAGGCUGCCUUCGUUGCCCCUCUCCUCGCCUUCGUUCCUCCCGUUCUUCUGGGCCGUGCCGGUCUCUACACUAUUGCCAUGAUGGGUGGUCUCGCUAUCGUUGGUGCCACUGCUAAGCAGGAGAAGUACCUUUACAUUGGUGGUCCUCUUCUUGCUGGUGCCGCUAUCGUUGCUGCCUCUGGUCUCGCUCCUCUCAUCAUCCCCGCCACUGCUGUCCGAACUCUCGCUUUCACUGAGAACCUCUGGCUGUACGGUGGUCUCGCUGUCUUCGGUGGUUUCACUCUGUACGAUGUCCAAAAGGUUCUGCACCACGCCCGUCUCGCUCAGGCUGGUGUCAUGCGCCGUGACCCCGUCAACGAGAGUAUCUCUCUUGAGCUUGACUUCCUUAACAUCUUCAUCCGUAUGGUGCAGAUCCUUAUGAUGCAGCAGAACCGCCGCAAGUAA